AUGGCCAAUGUGAACAGUUCAAUCAAACUUGUAUGUGUUCAGCAUAUUGAAAGUGACAUUGACAAAGCAAAGCACGGAUUCCCUAGAAUGUUAGAACUCAGACAUGACAGAGAAGGUAGUCAAAAACGGUACGCUAAGCUCCUUGCUUCGUCGCUUACGUUUUCGACCGCGAGAAUGAUGCUAUGCUCAGUAGAGUAUCUGAAUACGAGCCUUGUUCAACUGUGCCCACGGGACCCGGAAGCCCUCGAGGCAAGGCGAAAAGGAAGAGAUGCUCCCUAG